AUGGAGAAGAAAACAAUUUUAGAAUAAAUCCUUUUAAAGAAGUCACAACAAAAGAAAAAAAUAUCACCAGUUAAUUACAAGAAAAGGUUGUUUGUUUUAAUGAAAGCAAAUCUUUCUUAUUAUUAUGGGAAAAAAGGAAGCAAAAAGGCGUCAAUUGAAAUUAAGAAAAUCCGAUGUGUUGAGACAGUAAAUCCUGAGGAAUCAGCACCACCUGCAAGACAAUAUCCUUUUCAGAUCGUGUACAAGGGCAGCCUGCUCUAUGUCUAUGCAGCUGACGAAGAGAGCCGGGAGCGCUGGCUUACAGCUUUGCAUAGAGAAAUUAAAGAUAAUUCUGAAUUACUAAACAAGUACCAUAAAGGAUUCUUCAUCAAGGGCAAGUUUCUCUGUUGCAAGCAGACCUGUAAAGCAGCCCCUGGAUGUAUGAUCUGGGAGAAAUACUGUACCCUGUGCUGCAUCUCCUUAUCGUUUUAUUUCCUCUGUCUUCAGAAGCGUAUAAUCCUGCCUCAGGUGCUAUCACCAGACAAGUCAGUCCUGAACGUGGCUGUGGCCCAAUACAGCUAUGAACCUAAAGGAAAUUCAGCUAUCCAGCUUGUCAGAAGCAAUAAAUACUAUGUAUUGCAAGAGGGAGAUUCUGACUGGUGGAAAGUAAGGGAUUUGGAAGGGAGUGAAGGUUUUGUACCAAGCACUUACUUGAGAAAGUUACCUGUGAAUGAUGAGGAACCAAGGGAAAAUGCCAGUGUCAGUGAACAGAUAUUGGCAGAAGAGCAAAUUAUUACUAAGCAUGAGUGAGUAUAUAGAAUACAUCUCUGUGAGAACCAAAAGAUUCUUUGGGCAGAAAUUGUCUUUCCUUUACAUGUGCACAAAACCCCUGACAACAAGUAUUACCUCACUGAAAAUCACUGUUUUGAAUCAAUUCAAGUUAUACACUACCAUCAGCAUAACUCAGACGACAUGGUGACAAGGCUCUGGUAUGCAGUGCCUACGCAAGUAAGUAAAGUCCCAACCACAGCUUCAUUGGGAAAUGGAAUUUGGGAGCUUGAACAAGAAGAAAUUGUCCUGUUGACAGAGCUAGGGAGUGGUCAGUUUGGAGUGGUGCAUCUGGGAAAAUGGAAUGGACAAUAUGAUGUGGCCAUAAAGAUGAUUAGGGAGGGAGCGAUGUCAGAAGAUGAAUUCAUAGAAGAAGCUCAGACCAUGAUGAAACUUAAUCAUCCCAAACUUGUUAGACUGUAUGGUGUAUGCUCAAAAUCAUAUCCUAUCUACCUAGUGACGGAAUACAUGCCUAAUGGCUGUUUGCUUAGCUACUUAAGGAGUCAUGGGAAAGAACUGCAACUGCUUCAGCUUCUGGAAAUAUGUUAUGACAUUUGUGAUGCUAUGACAUUUCUGGAGAGCUGUCAGUUCAUACACAGAGAUUUGGCUGCUAGGAACUGUUUGGUUGACAGCAAUCUGACUGUGAAAGUAUCUGACUUUGGGAUGACCAGGUAUGUUCUGGAUGACCUGUAUGUAAGUUCACUAGGAACCAAGUUUCCAGUGAAGUGGUCAGCACCAGAAGUUUUUCAUUACACCAAAUUUAGCAGCAAGUCGUAUGUAUGGGCCUUUGGUAUAUUAAUGUGGGAAGUGUUCACUUUGGGAAAGCAGCCCUACAAGCUUUAUGAUAACAUGCAGGUGAUUGAGAAAGUUUCUCAAGGAUACAGACUUUACAGACCGCAACUGGUUUCAGACAUCAUCCACCAGAUAAUGUACAACUGCUGGCAUGAGCUACCAGAAAAGCGCCCUGCCUUUUAUCAGCUCUUAUCAUUUUUUGAGGCACUAAGAGAAGACAACAGAGCUUGAAAAUGAAGAUUCAUAGACAGCUGACUGUGCACACUGGUUCCAUAUCACCUGUCUUCUGCAUAAGAGUUAAAUCUGAAAUCCGCCUGACAUUAGCCACCGCUAUUAUUCUGCACAUUAGUGUUCUUCUCAUUUAAUUGGGGAGCUGACCAAGAAGCAUGUGGAGAAAGCUUUUGUGA